AUGUCCGAAACGGUAUAUUCCCGCGAUCCUACGACGCCUCGAGACUACUACUCGGGGCUAGAUAAUGACGGCUCUUUGAUCGAGAAAUUUAAAGAUAUCGACGAUAAGACACAGUUUUAUGGAGCUAUGCGCCGUCUCGAAGAUCCCCUUACGAAGAACUUUGUGUUGGAUUUUGGGAAUGAUGAUGCGUGGUGUGCCUCCGAUUUGGAUACGGAUGAGCUGCAAAAAUUGCUCAGCAAGCCGGCAAUAACUACACAUUACGGCGUGUCUGAACGAUUACAAGGUAUGAUGUGCACAGAACCGGUACAGUCGGGGCCCCAAACAUCACCUGUCCCCGACAAAAGAUCCUCGACACCGGAUGUUGAGAGAUCCUUCCACCAUGAUGUGGACGACACGGAGAAUGCAAAAUAUCUCGCCGACCCAGAAAGAGCCCGCGAAUCAGCUUCAUUCAAAAACUUGACGUUUGCCCAGGUCACCGACCAGAUCUGGCACUUUUCCUCGGUAGACCAUGGUCCUCGAUAUACUUGUAUCGGCUAUAAUACGUUAUUUGUGAUCCCGACACUGUCAAUGCCCAAUGGCAAAGAUCUCCCGGAUGGAAAGCGACUCUGGACAUGGCUGAUACAGUGCGAUGACGGAACUAUCAUUUCGAUCCAAGAGAAUCCAUUCCCCAGACGCAACGACGUCCCAAUCGACGAAGCCAAGCCGGUCCUUGACAUCGUGCGCCGAAACAUCCGCUUCAUCUUCGCAGGAGUAUCACGAUUGCACUAUGCCAUGUCGGAGAGCGAAUCACUCAUUACGAUCCGGGUCCGACAUUUCAGCGACUUCGGGCCCGACCAGGCGAGCAUCAAACAGGAGGACGGACCGAGUCUGCUGUUCUAUUAUAUCUUCGACGACUGGGUAUCGAGCUAUGGUCUGAUCGCCAAGCGCGAACAUAAAUAUGGUGUUUUGCUUGAGGAACUGAGAGGAAAUAUGCUUGAUCGACCGGUGGUGGAUCUGAUCAAUGAGCUCCACUGGCUGGGGCGGCGACUGGCGGUCCUCAAGCGACUGUAUCAGAGCUACGAGCUGAUCAUGCGACGACUCUUGCAGCGACAGCGCAUGCUCCGCGAUGAGGCCCGUUCAUUACACCCCGCAGUCCCGUAUGGAGCCACCUUUGGCGACAUGGAGUAUGUGGAUAUGCGACAAGCCAGUCUCGUGAGCCAUUCCAGUAGUCCCAGUACGGCCGAAAAGUCCGUGGGGGUGCAGUUGAGCUCGACGGCGGUGGCGCGAUUCGAACGAUUGGUGGAUCGGAUCAAUUUGUAUUGUCUGAGUGAGAUUGAGAAUUGCCUCAAUGAGAAGGAAUCCUUGACAUUCUUGAACUUCAAUCUGAUUGCGCUCAAAGAUUCGCAAGCGGUGGAGAAACUGACGCGCAUAACGAUUCUGCUGGCCAAAGCCACCAUCCUGUUCCUGCCGGUCAGUCUGAUGAGUGCAUAUUUCUCGACGGAGCUCAUUGGCGUGAAGAACGGAUACACCAAGACGGACUACUGGGUCAGCUUUGCGGUGAUCUUCGUGUUGUCGGUGCUAUUGUUGACGGUGUUUGGCUAUGCCAGUGACACGGUCGAGGGGAAGACGAUCUAUCGGUCCAUGGUAGGGACAUUCUUCCGCAAGUCUCGCCAAAGAAUGUCACGAGAAAGUCGAUCCUAA